GUCAUGAUUAGACUCGACUCACACACAACUCUCCUCUAAAUCUGCGCCACUCUAGACUCUUCUGUGCUCCUUACAACAUCUGAUCCUGUGUUCAAAGAAGAGGGGGCAAUGACUGGCCAUCACUGGGGAUAUGGGAAGGACAACGGUCCAUCGGAAUGGCACAAAGACUAUCCCAUUGCUGAGGGUAACCACCAGUCACCAAUUGAUAUAGUCCCCGCAGAAGCAGUAUUUGAUGCCAAACUGUCUCCUAUCUCGCUGUGUUACAACAACUGCACCUCUGUCAGCAUAUCGAACAACGGCCAUUCUGUGGUAGUGGAGUUCACGGACUCGGAUGAGAGAUCAGUGAUCCAGGGAGGUCCUCUGGAAGACAUGUACAGACUUAAACAGUUUCACUUCCACUGGGGAGGCAAGGGUUGCCGUGGCUCUGAGCAUACGGUUGGUGGGAAAACCUACGCUUCUGAGCUUCAUCUGGUUCAUUGGAAUGCUAUAAAGUACAAGUCCUUUGGUGAGGCAGCAGCAGCACCUGAUGGCCUGGCUGUCCUCGGCAUCUUUCUGGAAAUAGGUGAUGUGCACAGAGCUCUUCAUCAGAUAACCGAUGCCUUGUAUAUGGUUAAAUUCAAGGGAAGUGUUGUUAAUUUUAAGGGCUUUAACCCAAAGUGCCUCCUGCCGAACAGUCUGGAGUAUUGGACGUACCCAGGCUCUCUCACAACCCCUCCACUGUAUGAGAGCGUCACAUGGAUCGUGCUGAAAGAACCCAUUUAUGUGUCAGAUAAGCAGAUGGGAAAGUUCCGGACCCUGCUGUUUAACGGAGAGGAAGACGAUGACCGAAAGCACAUGGAGAACAACUUCCGCCCACCACAGCCGCUGAAAGGCAGGACCGUGCGGGCUUCUUUUGAAAGACCGCUCUAG